AUGAAGCGUCUCGCAGGAAAAAAGAGGCAGCAUUCAUCGUCGACAAGCAUCUUCGUUUGGAUUGUCGUUGGAUUUGCAAUCGGAAUGCUGGUCGUCUCAAGCACAACAUCUGGAACCUAUCUACGAGAUACCAUGAGCAGAAGUUUAAGCAUGAUAGAUUGUGAAAUAGCAAGCAACAAACCUUCGGUCAUGCAUGCUUUGGGUAGUAUGACUUCGAUGAGCCCACAGGAGGACAAGCUGUUGAUCUCAGAGUUAACACAGUCGCCACCUCCUGGUUCUCUGGAAUGUCCAGAAGGAUUCAUUGCAAUCUAUGACCGAGUGCUGGUUGACGACGAGACUAAUAAUUCGACAGUCAAUAGGAAAAUUCCCAAGAUUCUCCAUCUCUCGUACAAGAAUCGUUGCCUUCCAGCAGAAGUGUUUGGAGCUGGAAUUCAGCGGUGGAUGGAGGAACUUCCUGACUAUUCGGUAUACUUUCACGACGACGAUGCUGUCGACCGCCUCAUGGAAGCAGAGUGGUCAGAGUUUCCAAAUCUCCACCGCAUCAUACGGUGCUUGCUGUACAAGGGUGCAAUGAAAGUUGAUUUGUGGAGAAUGCUUGUGAUCUACCGAUUUGGGGGGUUGUAUUCGGACAUUGACAACAUCCCUGCCAAAGAAUUCAAAGGAGGAGAAGUUAUUGAUCCAGAGGACACAUUCUUUGCCUCUUCUGAUACUCGCAAUCGGCCCAAUCAGAAUGUAUUUGCAAUGGAACCAUUCCAUCCUAUUGCCAUCUUUUCGAUACAGACAAUUCUACAGAACCUGUACGAUUUAGAAAGCGUCCGAAAACCAAAAGUGGUAUUCGUUACUGGGCCUGUAGCAUUCCGAGAUGGAUACAUCUCCUAUCUCGAGCUCUCUUUUACAUCCAAUAAGAUUGAUGACAAAUUAGAAAAUGGAGUGAAGAAAGGAAAGCUUGGCAAACAGAUUCACAAGGAAGGACAGUGGGAAUGGAGGAACCCGACAGGCCUUGAAAAUGUCGAGUACGACGGAAAGAGGAUGACCAAGAAAGAUAGAGAUCAUCAACUUGCUGGCACCUAUCAUUGGUCCAAGGUAGUUUAUUGGAACCGGGAAGGGGAAGAUAUCACUUGUCGAGAGUAUUUGUAUCAGUUGGAUCACCCUUCGUCAGGGAACAGAACCGAGUUUUUGCCAAUUUGA